CGCGCGCGGCCGUUGACGCUGAAGAGAUGGCGGCGAUGGGGCCUGCGGCGGCCGCGGCGCGGGCGCUGGAGCUGCCCGCGGAGUGCGACCGGCGCCUGGCCCAGUUCCUGCAGCAGGUGGACGAGACCGAUAUGGUGUGGCUGGAUGAGAUCUAUGAGGAGGCGGUCAGGAUGUUUGUCAGCAACUACAGCGAGGAGCUCGAGCUGAUGCCCAAGACGCCGUCGCAGAAGAAACGGCAGCGGAGGAGGCGGCUGUCGGCCUUCCGGGAAGAAGAGCAGGAGCCCGGCAGGAAGCGACUCUCCAGGAGGAGGAACAGCAGCAUCAAAAUGCUGUCUUCUGUGCGAUCUUCUCAGCAACUCCAGAACAAAGAAAACCUGGAACUGAGCAGAGCCGAGGCCAAAGAAAACUCUCCACCACAGCGUGUGACACGAUCCCGGGCUGCAGCCUCUGCCAGAAUCUCCAAGGUGGUUCCUGAGACCCCAUCUGCCCAGCAAGCAGCAGGGAAGGAUCCCUGGGUGGAAGCUGACCAGGCUGGUACUGCAGUGCCUCUCCGGAGGAGUGGAGGAAAACCGGCAGAGCUGCUCCCCACAGGCUCAGGGAAUGGCUCUCCUAAGGAACAUGGUACUCCCAAAUCGCUGGUGGUGCCCAAUACUCCCGAGGCCAGCCAGGCUGUGCCCGAGAUGCAGACAGCAAAGGCAGCCAAUGUCACCAUAAUCCUGAGCCCACAGGCUGGGCUGGAGGAGGGGGAUGGCUCCCCAUGGGAACACAGCCGGGUUCAGGAGCCCUCCCAGCCCCUGAGGAGCAGCCCGGACACUCCGACUGGCUCCCGGCUCAGCCGCCGCUCCGUGCGCCGGAGCCUGAUGGGGAAAGGUUCCCUGAGCCGCAGAACCUCCCUGGCAGAGAAAUACUCCCUGGCCAGCAAGAGGGAGAGCGUGAUCCGGACGUCCAUCGCCAGGGCAGCGGGUAAGAGGAGGGCAGCUGGGAAGAGAUCCGUGUCCUCCAGCUCCGUGGAUGCCUCCAGCUCCUUAAGUGUGCCAGAGGAUGAGGAAACGGUUGUCAAAACUGGGCCUCCUCCUGGACCCUCCACUCCCUCCAAGCUGGAUUUCCAAAGCCCUCAAGUGUCCCUUUGCUCCCACACAGUCAGCAAACACGAGCAGACCCAGGAGCCAAGCAGCAGUGAAAACAACUUAAAUAAGAAUGGGGAGACCCUGGAGCCACCCCAGAGUGCCAGGAGGAAGCCGAGCUACAAGAGAGCCGUAGAUGAGCGCUACGACCACCAGCAGGCAGAGGAGGGAGGGCUGUCUCCUCUCAGGAGGAAGACCCCAUCCCCAGUCCUCCCAGCCAGCAAGGUGGUGCGCCCAUUCAAAACAUUCCUGCACACCGUGCAGAAGAACCAGCUCCUCAUGACACCGAGCUCCGUGGGGAGGAAUGGGGUCAUAAAAUCCUUCAUCAGGUACAACACCCCUCUCCAGACUGAUCCCAAGGAAAAGGAGAGGCAGAAGCUGAAGACUCUGCGGAAGAAGCAAGAAGCGGAGCAGCUGAGAAGGCAAAAGCUGGAGGAAGAGAAGAAACGGCGACUCGAAGAGGCGAAGCUGAAGCGCGAGGAACGCCUGCGCAAGGUGCUGCAAGCCCGGGAGCGGGCAGAGGAGAUGGAGAGGGAGAGGAAGAGGAGGAUCGAGCAGAAGAUUGCGCUGUUUGAUGAGAAGACCGAGAAGGUACGGGAAGAAAGGCUGGCAGAGGAGAGGAUUAAGAAGAGAGUGGCUGCCAGGAGGAUGGAGGAAGCUGAGUCCCGGCGCAAACAAGAGGAGGAGGCCAGGAGACAAAGAGCUCUGCAGCAGGAGGAGGAGGAGGAACGGCGGCGCAGGGAGCUGAUGCAAAAGAAGAGGGAAGAGGAGCAGGAGCAUGCCCGGAAGAUGGCUGAGCAGAGGCAGGCAGAGCAGGAGCGGGAGAGACAGCUGGCUGCAGAGAGAGAACUGGAGAGAAAGAGGGAGCAGGAGCGGAUCCAGGCGGAAAAGCUCCGGGAGCAGCAGGAGAAGGCUUGCCUGCAGAAGGAAGCAGCGUCUGCUAAGGAGCAGCUCCGCAGGGAGAUGGAGAAGAAGGAGCAGGAGCAGCAGGUGCUGGUGGAGAAGAAGAGGCAGGAGGAAGAGCAGAAGAAAUUGGCAGAGGAGCAAAAGGCCAAAGACAACACAUGGGCACCACUCCUGGGGAGCAAGGAGAAUUCCCCUGCCUGCAACUCGUAUGAGAUGACUCCACAGAGCAGAAAGGAUCUCAAGGUGCCUGUGACCAGCUCGAAUGACUAUGGGAUGGACCUGAACAGCGACGACUCAACAGAUGACGAGAGCCAGCCGCGCAAGCCCAUCCCUGCCUGGGCCACUGGGAAUCAGCUCAGCCAGGCUGUGGUCCGGCAGUACUACAACCCCCCUGACCUGGAUGCGCUGUUUGGGGCCAUCCCCAGCCCCAAGCUGGAGCACAUCUUCUACAAGAGCAAACCCCGCUACUUCAAGCGCACGAGCUCGGCCGUGUGGCACUCCCCGCCCACUGUGGCGGUCAAGCCAGCCCUGGGGCUGCCCUGUGGCCUCAAGAAGCCCUGAGGUGAGCACAGGUGUGCAGCAGGUGUGCCUUCCUGUCAUCAGGUGAGGAAGGAGUCACUCUUCACUUUAAGUAUUUAGGUUCUAGCAUUGAAUAAAUGGCAGCUUUUCCUGGGUUCCUGCGCCUCGGUUUGCGGGGCUGGUUUCUGUCAGGCCAAGCCAUGAGGUGCUGCCCUGGGAAGUGCCUCUCACUUACCCUUAGCUUGGAGCUGGCAUGGACUCAGACCUUCAGCGGGUGAGGGGUGUCAGUUCUACGUCUGUGCUGCCCCCGAGGCCAGUGACAGCCAGGACCACUGCACCAGGGCACAGUCCGGCCUGCUCCGCUGCUCUUCUCAGGAAGGUGUUCCCAGAUGUGCUCUUCAUCUCCUGCAAUCCCAAAGGGAUUCAUCACUCAGUUUCCCACCUGUGUGGUGGUGUCCAUCAGCUGGGCACAGCUGGGGUGGGAACACGAUGAGGGUCUCAGCGACAUUCCAUCAGCUGUGGAGGGACAUGACCAAGGUGUGACCAUAUCCCUGAGGACCUGCAAAUGUGUGAGCCAGCUCUAGGCCUCAAUAGGAGAAACUCCACAAGGCUUCUGGCAGACUUUUUUUUGUUUCUCAGUGAAAUUUCAUCUCUGAGGCCAGAUGGGAUUGAGAGGAUGUUUUUAACCUUAAUCCCUCUUGUUCGCCCUUGGCCAUGGCUCAGCAUCAGCUCGUUGUCUCUCGGCCUGUUUUAGCACUUCCUGUUCAGUGAGCUGCUGUUAACCAGACUCUGGCCAACCCAAUUUUGAACCAAAACUUCCAGCUCAGCCUUCUCAUUCCAGGAGCCCAUGGUGGUUUAGUCAUUCCUUCUGCAUCCAGCCCAGCCCUGUAAAAUCCCUGUAGAGACUGUGCUGUGUGUGAGGGGACGUGAUCCUGUCUGUGUUUCUGUAGCCAAUGCACUGUUUGUCAGCAAAUGUUCUUCAAAAGAUGUGGGUUUUGUAUUUAAAUACACUGGUGUCUAUUCUGGGGCUGCUCUGUAUGUGCAGAUCUGUAUCUGUGGAGUGUCUGUGCUUCUGGGGUUGCUCUGUAGAUCCAGAUCUGGCUAUUGCUGUCUGUACCCAUGGAGUGCCCGUGUUUCCAUGGCUGUCUGUGCUUCCAGGUUUGUAACCAUGCGAUCGCGAUUUCUUGUACAAAAGCUUCUGAGCUGGCCAAACACUGUUGGAUAAAGUGAGUUUAAUCAUC